AUGGAAGAGCGCAAGCAACAGACAACUCCCCUACCAACACUUCUAGGCACACUAACACCAGAAGAGCGCCAAACCCUUGUCCGAUUUAAAGAAGCACUAGGAGGGAAUUUUGAUGACCAUACUUUAGGCAGAUUUCUUCGUGCAAGAAAAUUCAACUUUGAUAAAGCAAUGGAAAUGUUUCAAAAUUAUGCCAUUUUAGGUAAAUUGACCAUUUUUUAAUAAGAUUUACUAUAGAUUUUUAAGUAGAGAAAUAAGGAAUAUCUUAGGUGGAGACAAGAGUUUGGCGUUGAUCAAAUUAUGUCAUAUGAGUUCCCUGAGCUUGAGCAAGUAAAAGCAUGCUAUCCUCAUGGAUUCCAUAAGACUGACUCUCAUGGCAGGCCUAUUUAUAUUGAAAGAAUAGGAUCAUUAGACUUAAAGAGACUGUUCGAAAUUACUACAGAAGAAAGAAUGAUCAGAUAUUAUGUAAAAUCUUAUGAAACCAUGCUGAAUGUCCAAAUUCCUGCAUGUGCCAUAGCAGCUGGACACCCAGUAGAGCAAUCAUUGACUAUUCUCGACUUAGGAGGCUCUUCCACAAAAUUAAUGAGCAAAAAAGUGUACAAGUUUAUACAAAUGGCUUCAAAGAUCGGACAGGAUUAUUAUCCAGAAAUGCUUGGGAGGAUGUUUAUUGUGAAUACUCCUAUGCUUUUUUCAGUAGCAUGGAAAGUAAUAAGGCCGUGGCUUGAUGAAAGAACUCAACAUAAGAUUAGCCUUGAGGAAUGCACAUAUUUUCUUGAUUAAAAUAUUAUUAUAAAAUUGAAUUUGAAAAAAAAAAUUAGCCUUGAAGGAAGUAAAUUUCAGAAAAAAUUAUUUUUUUAAUAGUAAAUUUGAUUAUAUAUAGAAUAGUACACUUUUAUUGGAAUUUAAAGAUAAUAGGAUAUUGGAAUUAGCUCCAGCUGACAAUGUUCCACACAUUUUAGGAGGCAAUUGCAACUGUGAAAGAGGCUGCCUUUACAGUAACGCAGGGCCUUGGAACGACCCAUUAAUCCAAGCACAGAUUGGUAUUAGAAAUGUCCGUGUUUCAGAAGUCGCAGAACUAGAGUCACAGCGGAAACAGGCAGAAGAAGAAAAAAAGGGAUAA